UUCAGUAAACCAAAGCUUCCUGGUUUUCUGCAAAUGGAGAAAUAAACUUGUUUUUAAACCUGUGCUACGGUGGGAAACUGGAUUCAUUUGUCUGGGGAUCAAAAUGUCACCUAGAAGCGGUUGUAGCAUGGUUGUGGUCGUCGUGUUCUGUCUUUUUGUAACUGCCUAUUGUAAGUUUUCAACCCUAGACCACAUUAAACCGAAAGCCAGCGACAAGACACAAGGGAGAGCAGUGGUCGAGCUGCUGAAACGCCUGCUCAGGAAUAGAUCUACGGAGUUCAUAGUGUCAGUCAACAGGAGCCUUUCCAACGACAGCCUGGAUGUGUGUGAGCUCAGGUCCACUAAAAACAAUAAGAUAGUCGCUACAGGCAGCAGCGGAGUGGCCGUGACUACUGGCAUUUACAACUAUUUGAAAUAUUUCUGCAACUGCCAUGUUUCCUGGUCUGGAGACCAGCUGGAUCUGCCUCGUCCUCUGCCAAAGCUCACCGGCGUCCUGCGCAUCAACACCCAGCAUAGAUUCCGCUAUUACCAGAACGUCUGCACUUUUAGCUAUUCCUCUGUGUGGUGGGACUGGACGAGAUGGGAAAGAGAGAUCGACUGGAUGGCACUCAAUGGAAUCAAUCUGCCGCUGGCUUUCACUGGCCAAGAAGCCCUGUGGCAAGAGGUUUACCGAGCUCUUGGGUUGAACCAGUCAGAGAUUGAAGAGUUCUUCUCUGGCCCGGCGUUUCUUGCCUGGAACCGUAUGGGAAACGUUUUCCAGUUUGGUGGGCCCCUGCCUCAGUCCUGGCACGUGAACCAGCUCUACCUCCAAUUUAAAAUCUUAGAGCGAAUGAGAUCCUUUGGCAUGAUUCCUGUGCUGCCCGCCUUCUCUGGGAACAUCCCCAUGGGAAUCCUCAGGUUGUAUCCAGAAGCCAAUGUAACCAGAUUGGGGCCUUGGGCUCACUUCAACUGCAGCUUCUCCUGCUCCUAUAUCUUAGACCCUCGUGACCCACUGUUCCUUCAGAUCGGUUCCCUCUAUCUGUCCCAGGUGGUGAAGCAGUUUGGCACAGAUCACAUCUACAACACUGACACCUUCAAUGAGAUGACCCCACCUUCCUCUGACCUCACCUACCUGUCUGCAGUCAGUCGCUCUGUCUUCGCCUCAAUGACUGCAGUCGAUCCUAAGGCAGUUUGGCUGAUGCAAGGCUGGCUGUUCUUCAGUGACGCAGCGUUCUGGAAGCCACCCCAGAUACAGGCUCUACUACACGGAGUACCCCUCGGAAGAAUGAUCGUGCUGGACCUGUUUGCAGAGACUGAGCCGAUUUUCUCCUACACAGAGUCUUUCUAUGGACAGCCCUUCAUCUGGUGCAUGCUGCAGAACUUUGGGGGCAACAGUGGAUUCUUUGGCACAGUGGAGAGCAUGAAUUCAGGCCCUUUCAAAGCCUUACAUUUCCCAAACUCCACCCUGGUGGGCAUAGGCAUGACGCCUGAGGGCAUUGAGCAGAACCCUGUGAUGUUUGAGUUGAUGAGCGAGCUGGCCUGGCGCAAGGAGCCGGUCAACUUGUCCAAGUGGGUGUCGCUGUAUGCAAUACGCCGCUACGGCAGCAUGCAAGACAACCUGGCCGCUGCAUGGAGGCUUCUGUUCGCCAGCGUCUACAACUGCACAGUGCCACAUUACCGAAACCACAACCACAGCCCACUGGUGCGCCGGCCUUCCUUUCACAUGAAUUCUGACCGUUGGUAUGACCCGGCUGAUUUGUACAAAGCCUGGAAAUUGAUUAUAGAGGCGGCUCCAGCUCUAAUGUCUAAGGAGACUUUCCGGUACGAUCUUGUGGAUGUGACUCGGCAGGUCCUACAAGUUCUGACAACUUCCUUUUACCAGGAUAUCGCAGAUGCUUUCCGGACCCAAAAUCUGCCGGAGCUGCUGACUGCUGGCGGGGUGCUGCUCUAUGAUCUCUUACCUGAACUUAAUCGUUUGCUGAGUAGCGACCGCAACUUCCUGUUGGGAACAUGGCUGGAGCGGGCCCGAUCCUUAGCCCUGAAUGAGAAGGAAGCACAGCUCUAUGACAUGAAUGCCAGAAACCAGCUGACUCUAUGGGGUCCCAGUGGUGAGAUUCUGGACUACGCCAGCAAAGAGUGGGGAGGCCUUAUGGAGGACUACUACGCCCAGCGAUGGGGCCUUUUCGUUCAAACCCUGGUAGAGUGUCUGGACAGCGGCAGACCAUUCAAGCAGGACACCUUUAACCAGGCAGUUUUCCAGGUAGAAAAGGGAUUCAUUUACAAUGGCCGAAGGUACCCGACCAAGCCUCAGGGAGACUCAUACGAGAUCGCCCGCAGGAUCUUCCUCAAGUACUACCCACAGGCCUUGAAGAGACUAUAGUGAGCAGAGACUCGUUUUUGGAAACACUUGUCUCAAAUCGCAGCAAGAAGAAUGUCUUCCUCCACCUCCAGUUUUCCAUGGCUAUCCCAAAACAUUUUGAAGUGGAAAAUCUAACAGCCUGAAUUUGCAGGAACAAUCUGUUUUGCACAAAGUCAGUAAUGCAUGUUGUUGUGGGAACAGGAUUUUCACUUUACGUUCACCAAUCAUAUCCAAUCAAGCCUUUAAAAAAAACAAACAUGUUAUUGACUUGCAUAAGACUUUGUGGAAUUUCACGUGUGGAUCUCUUGGUACUGUUUUUGAUUCCACUGCUCUGGUUAGUUUAGCAUAAAGACUGCCAGCAGGGGGUUUUGGCUAAUUUUGGCUAGCUUUGCUCAGUCUAAAGUAUUUUGUUGAUUACACAAUUCAUUUUUUUGUUUAACCUGUACACCAAGAGGUUGCGGAACUAUUUCUUGACGAACAGUUUGCCCUCCACGUCUGUGCUGCAGCUCAUGCUGUAGCCAGGGUUGCCAGAUAGUCAGUUUUUGGUUUUGGUCUCUGUACAGACACGAUGGUACAACACAUGGCAACGUCACUGUGAUGCCUUCAGGAAGCUGCUCAUAGACACUGGGCUUGGCUCUUCACAAAAAAAUAAUAAUAAUGUUUUACAUUUCAGUUCUUGUACAGGUUUGCACAGAGCCAGGCUGGCUGUUCCCCGUUUCCAGUCUUAACAUUGAUUUGACAAAUGUGCUCAUGGCGCACCUUAGCAGAUAACUUCCUGUCUCGUCCCUAGAUGUAUUUUUGUUUUUAAAAAGAUAUUUUUAUAUGAAAAUUCAUAGAUGUGUAAUUGUUUAAUUAGUUCUGGAUGUGAUUUUUCUUUUUGAUAAAUGCAGUUUUAGUUAAGGACAAUCUCAAAGGUUUGGGGAAAUGAUUGUUUUAGUAUUUUAACUGUCACAUGAGCAAAACUUACAUUCUGAGCCAACAAACUUCAUGUUGUAUAAUAGUACAUUCUUUAUUGUAUAAAUGCUAUUUUUGUAUUUUGAUUAAUUAAACUAUUCAACUCAGGUAUGUCAUAAAGGUCUUAAGGCUAUGUGCCUAUUAAUACAAUGAUUUCAUUCUCCA